CUUUCACGAAUGUUCUUGCUUUCUAGGUCGCAGCGCUGGCGUUUGGUUAGCGAGCGCACAUUACAGCAGGAGUGAAGUCCAGCUGAAUUUGUUUAACUGCGUUUUUUCCCUCGCUGACGGGAGGUGGGGCUUUUGGCAACAGAUUCUCUUUCAAAACUUUUUCCACCUCCCCGCUGAAGUUCGCAGAACACUUCAUCUCCAUCUCUGUAGUGCGUACCGCUUGCCUGGAGGGCUGUUUUCACGUUAAAUGUGCGAGCGCUAAAGGACUAGUUUUAAACAUAUAUUUUAUAUUAUGUCUGUUAUUUUCCCGUGAAUGUGCAUCAGCGUAUGAGUGUCGGCGGUCCCUUACGGAUAUUCCAGAGCGAUAUUAGAGGACAAAUCUAUUGGACCGGAGUGAAAAGCCUACAUCAACCAUGAAAGCGAUUAACCUGGACACCUACAACUUGUCACUGCUAACUGCCAAAGAGGACAUUCUCAACCCCCGCUCAUCAACCAACUGGGCGCUGUUUACAUAUGAUGGGGCCACCAACAACCUCAAGCUGUCUGAUUCAGGAGUGGGAGGCCUGUCAGAAUUGGCGGGGAAGUUCCAUGCCAGCAGGCCGCUGUACGGGCUAUGCCGUUUGACCACGCAGGGACCAGGACAGCGCCGUAUAGUGAUGAUCAACUGGGUUGGGGAGGAGGUUGCUGAGCACCGCAGGAAGGAGUGUGCCAGCCACAUCCCUGCCAUCAAGGCCUUCUUCAAGGAAGCACAUGUGUUCAUCAGUGCUAGCACCCCAGAGGACGUGACCGAGGAGAAAAUUAUCUCCAUCGUAAGCAAGGUCAGCACCCCACCCGAGCGAACAAGGAGGCCCCCACGGGUUGCGGACAAGGAGGACACAGUGGGCACCAACUACAGGAAGACAAAUGCUGCCAUGGAGAUGCGGAGAAUCAACAGAGAGUCCUUCUGGGCACGUGCAGAGCGUGAGGAGGAGGAGAGGAAAGAGGAAGAGCGACGGCGGGCAACAGAGGACAGAAGGCGGUGGGAGAGAGAAAGGGUACAACAGGAGCGCAGAGAGGCAGAGGAGAGGGACAGGAAGAUGAACGAGAAGCUACAGCUGAUAGAGGAGCAGAGGAGAAUGCAGGCCAAGAUGGAGGCAGAAGUGCGGAAACAGGAGAGAGCUAAAUGGGAGCAGCAGCAGAGGGAGCACGAGGAGGACAUGAGGGCUCGCUUCAGACGCAGCGAAUCUAUCGAGAAGGCAGCGGAGGCAGCAGCUCUUGUGUCUCAGCGGUCCACCAACCCACGCGAGUUCUUCAGGCAGCUGUCAUCGUCGUCCACCCUCAGCCCCACCAGCCCUGGCUCUCCCCGCACAGUAAAACCCCCAUUCCGUCGGUACCAGCGCAGCUUGACUGACACAGCCUUCAUUUUCAACAAGCCCGACAUUCCCAGCUCCCCCCGCAGUCCCACCAUGGUCUCUCCCUUCAGUCGCACCCCCACCUCCCCCUUCUACCGCUCCACGUCCCCCACCAGCCCGGGCUACCCCAGCCCCACCUUCCGGCCCAUCAGCUCCCCUCAGCGGCCCCGCGCUCCCCUGGUGUCCCCUCCCACCUCCCCCCAGCGCUUCGCCCCCAGCUCGCCCCUACCCAGCCUCCCUCCCGCCAAGCCCCUCCCAGCCCUGUCCCCCCAGCUUCGGUCUCAGCCUGACAGCCCACCUCGGGCUGCUGGUCCCCCCGAGCCCCUCCCACGUUCCCCCGCCGCUACCUCCGGCUCUCCGGGCUCCCGUGCCACCCCCCCACGUGAGGCACCUACUGCGCCCCUCCCUCAAAAUCCAGUGGCUGAACCUUCAGAGUCAAACGAUGUGUAUGUGGCCACACGGAUGCUUAGUGAUCUGGAGCCAGAGGCAGACAUGACGGUGCAGGCCGUGCUGGUGGACACGAGCAUCGCCCCCCUCGCCGAGGAAGAGGAGGAAGAAGAGGAGGCUGGAGUGCAGGAGACGAAGGGAGAGGAGGUCUCAGUGGAUGUCACACAGACAGCUACUGUCUCCAUGCUCGCCGCUUCACCUUCAAGCCAACGCCCCACAGAGGUCAACGAGAAGAAGAACGAGCCUGAGGAAGGGGAGGUCACCCCUGACGUGUCUGUGGAGGAGCCGGUCGCUGCCGUGUGUGUCAUGGCCGAAAUCACGCCAGAGGAAAGAGAACCUGAACCGGAGCUAGCAAAGGCUCUGCUGGUGGAGUCUGGGAACGGGGAUGCAGACGACCAGGAGGAGACGGGCAAACCUGGAUCUGAGCCGCAGGCCUGCGCCCCGUCAGUCCAACCAACCCUGGUGGAGCUAGCUGAAGAGGAGGAGGAGCCUGAGGCUGUCAGUCAGCCACUCCAGGAGCCAAUCAGAACAGAGGCCACAGAUGCGGUGUGUGUACAGCAGCCCACGACACAGGAAGCAGCAGCACAGCCAACCAAUGGGAUAAGAGCUGAAGAAGAGGACUUAGUGCCUGUGGAACAGAAUGGCACAGAGCGUUCCCUCAGUCCCUCCGAAACAGAGCUGUCCCCCUGUGCCGUCAAGCAGGCUGAGGUGGAAGAGGACUUCAUUAUAAAGGAGAGCACAGAGAAUGGAGAAGAGACCACUCCAGAUGGCCAGCUGUGUGUGAGAGCACUGUAUGACUACCAAGCAGAGGAUGAUUCAGAGCUCUCCUUGGAGCCCGGUGACAUCAUCAGCGCCGUGGAAACUGUGGACAAGGCCUGGUGGAGGGGCUGCAGCAAAGAUGGCCGCCAGGGGCUCUUCCCAGCCAAUUACGUGGAGACCAUCUAAGCGCAGGGCCUCCCUGGCAACCUUCUUCCUAACAGACAGACAGUCAGACAUAGCCAUGCACACACAGACACACACGCAGUACACACAUACACACACUUCCUCAGGGACUAGGAACAGUGGUCAGGCCAUACACCACUGACCAACAGCAGUCUAAUCAGUACCUCCCACCACGAAGGUAUGCUCAAUUCAAGGCAACAAAUCAGACAACUGAACAACAUCAACAACAUCAAUGGCUCUUAUCUGGGACCCGGUUGAUACAACUGUCUCAAUGCCACGUACUUUAAUUGAGGCCCAGCGGCAUGUAACGACUUUUGUAGCUGUAGCAGUUUUACUUCUUUGCAGCACUUCUUAGCAUGUCAGCGCUGAAGACCAACUUCCUCUCUUGGUCUUUUCGGGUCCUCCUUUCCAGCGUGGGUGAAGUAACAGUGGGGGUUCCCCUCUCCUCCUUUGGUUGACAGCUGUAUUCUGUCCGACUCUUGCAUUGUAUCCAUGCUUUCUGGGCAUUAGAUCGCUCUGUGAGCUUUACCCACUGUGCCGCAGUGUAAGAUCGUAAUCACCCCCCACCGCUCCCCGAAUCAAGCCACCAGCGUGCAGAUCCGAGGGAUAGCCACGGCGCGUGAUUCCCUGGCACCGUCACACACGCUCACUUAUUUAUCCUGCAUCUGCAGUGGUGUGUGACCUCAGCGCAUGCUGGCGGUGCUCAGGUCAAAGGUUAAUGUCAAGUUCAGGUGCUGUUCAUCUACCAGAUGUUAAACCGACUCUGACAGGGGCUCUUUACUGUUGCUGGAAGCACUCUGACAUUGCUCCUAGAGCAUGACACAACCCCUGAAAAUACAACCCAAUAUACAUAAUAUACCGGGAAAUAAUACCUAAUCUGAUCCAUACACAUUGUUAAAGUAGAGGAGGGUAUUUUUCCCCGGUUUCUUUCUUUAAUAUAUUAUUUCUUGAACCUGAAUUGAAUAGGCUGUUUUUUUCUGUUUGUUUUACCGAUGUUUGUCAUAAUUCAUUCAUUCCGCAAGAGCGUGUUGUAUCUGUCUGCUUGGUAGCUUGCUUUUAUAGACUAUCUUCCUGUCACAUCGUCCUCCUUCCCCCUUCCAUUGUGAUGAUAAAUGAGCUGGCAGGGCUGGUUGGCAAGUUGCAUUGGCCCCAAGGCUGAGUAGCUGAGGAUUGUUAAACACCACCUACACAACAGCUGUACCUCCCAAAAAUAUAUAUAUUUAUUUGCAAGUAGCAUUGUAUUUGAUUAUGUGGCUCAUUAGGUCCUUUCUUAUUUAGCUUUUAUUGUUAAC